AUUGGGUUUCGCGGUUCAAAACAUUGUAUUCCCAAACGAAGCUUUUUCUCGCAUCUUCCUCCUUCUCAACCACCAGCAUAGCCGAUAAGGAUGAGGAUACGGUUCGACCAGCGACGCCUCCGAUCCGGGUCUCGCUCACCGAGUCGGCCGGUCGAGGCGUGUUCGCCACACGGAGAAUCGCAGCCGGAGAUCUCAUCCACACCGCGAAGCCGCUCGUUGCGCACCCUUCGCUUUCCACCAUCCACAGAGUCUGCUACUUUUGCCUCCGGAAGUUGCAAACCACUUCUCGAACUCAAGUUGUGCAGUACUGUAACAAAGAGUGCGAAGAGCAAUCUAAGGAUACAAGGUUUCAAGCACCCACUUCUGGUCAAACGGUUAGCUUGUAUGGUCAUAUCAGGUGUUGCAGCUGCUGUCAAUAUUGACAUACUUCAACCUGCUAAUCUAUCUCACUCCAAUGAUUUCAAAGAGGACAAUAUGAGAAGGCUUGCUGAACAUUCUGGUGCCCUCGGGCAUAUAUAUCCAUUAGUAUUGUUGUGCAAUGACAUAAUGCCCCCUCCACCCCAGGACUCAUCAAUCACUGUUGCUUUUGAUGACAUUCCAGAAGAUGGUUUGAAUAGUCCUCUUCGUCUAGAGAAAGUGGCAAAUGAGGUUAUAUACCGCAGAAUGAAGGAUGCUUUGAUACAAUUGAGUAAAGGUGUACAGAAGGGACCUGCAGCUGACCUCAUUCCUGUUUUAUUUGGUGAGAGGUCACCGACAGUGACCAAGAAGGAUGUCAAAUUCACACCCUUCAACUCCAACCUUGAUCACUCUCAGAAAGAUGCCAUUUCAAAAGUCCUGUCAUCAAAGAAUGUAUUUUUGCUGCACGGACCUCCUGGAACUAGAAAAACCACUACGGUGGUGGAGAUCAUCUUACAAGAAGUGAAACGUGGAUCAAAGAUUCUUGCACGUGCCGUUUCAAAUAUUGCUGUGGACAACAUUGUUGAGCGACUUGUUCCUCACAGGAGUAAAGUUGGUGAGAGUAGGGCAUCCUGCACGUUUACUACCUCAAGUAUUGGAAAGUGCCCUGGAUGCACAGGUUUUACGGGGGGAUAAUAGUGCUCUGGCCAUUGACAUUAGGAAGGAAAUGAAGCCCUUAAAGGGGAAACUGUUGAAAACCAAAGACAAAAAACACAAGGAGAGACAUCCAGAAGGAGCUUAGGACUCUUUCUAAAGAAGAGCAUAAACGACAGCAGCUGGCUGUUAAAGAUGUAAUUGCAAAAGCAGAUGUGGUAUUUUCUUCCCAUUCUCACACGCAACAAAAGCUACCCUACCAUAGUUAUGAUUUUGUAUAUUGGAAUGGAGUUUUUUUUUUUUUUUUUUUUUUUAGUUUUGAUCUCAAUUCUGAAAAUCAUACUUGCUCUUGAGAAGCCAGUCCAGAGAAGAGGUUGGGAGAAAGUCAUAAUUAGCCAAAAAUUGUUGAACUAUUUCAGUUAUUUUUUAAUUAACUUUGUUCAAUGAAUUGCAGGCUAGGACCUUUCUUUUGAAACAUAAUUUUGCAAUUCAACCUAAUGCCCACUGGCC